AUGUCCGCUCCAGCGCUCCGUAGCUCGCCUGAUCACGUCCCGCAGGGGAACGGGACGAGCCGGCAGGCUCAAGCCACUCCCCGGCGCUCUCGCGAGACGGCGGCGGCGCGGCGGAGGGCGCACGUGCCGCGCGGGGUGCGGGACCCACCGGAGGAGGAGGAGGACGAGGAGGAGCCGCCGCCGCCGCGGCCUGAAGGGGCCUCCCGGGUAACGCCGCGCCCGCUGCCGCCCCGGGGCUCCCCCCGCUACCUUCGUCCCGGUGGCGAGCGGCCUUUCCCCGCCGGCUGCCGGUAUCCUUCCCUCCGCUCCGACACCCUCCCUGUCCCCCGGUACCGCGGCUCUGCCCGCCCGCGCUGUGAUCCCCCUCGCCUCUUGUACCUCAGCGCCCUUCCUCCUCAGCUCCACCAUGUCUUGGCUGUGUACUAG